CCGCCCCGCCGGGGCCGGGGCCGGGGCGGGCCCCGCCGGGUCGCGUAGCAGCGGCGGGACGCGGGGCCAUGGCGGAUGCGGCGGCCGAGGAGCGGAGCCGGGACGAGGCCGCGGGCGGCGCCGAGGACACCGUGAAGAUCAUCUGCCUGGGCGACAGCGCCGUGGGCAAGUCCAAGCUGCUGGAAAGGUUCCUGCUCGACGGCUUCCGCCCCCAGCAGCUCUCCACCUUCGCCCUGACGCUCUACAAGCACCGCGCUCAGCUGGACGGGCGAACGGUCGUCGUGGACUUCUGGGACACAGCAGGACAGGAGAGGUUCCAGAGCAUGCACCCAUCCUACUAUCACAAGGCUCAUGCUUGUAUCAUGGUGUUUGAUGUGCAGAGGAAAGUCACCUACAGGAACCUGAGCAGCUGGUAUAAGGAGCUGAGAGAAUUCCGACCAGAGAUCCCCUGCAUUGUGGUGGCCAACAAAAUUGAUGCUGACACGAAGGUGACCCAGAAGAGCUUCAACUUUGCCCGAAAGCUCAGCUUGCCCUUUUACUUUGUGUCUGCUGCAGAUGGCACCAAUGUAGUGAAGCUCUUCAAUGAUGCCAUCAAACUGGCAGUGGCUUAUAAGCAGAAUUCGGCAGAUUUCAUGGACGAGGUCAUGAGAGAGUUGGAGAGCUUUGACCUGGAGGAGAAGAGUGAGAACUUGUUGGAUGAAGAGGAAAGCUGCCCUGAGGAGAAGCCUCCAUCUGCCUAAGGGAUGGACUCUGUUCUUCCUCUUGCUCUAGAUCUCUGGGGCUGGUUAGAGCUGGCCCUCACUGAGGAGGACAGGGGCUUUCUUCAGGCCCAGGAAGCCCAGGUGAUGGGCCCCUGGGUCUCCCUCCUUGUGGGAGAGACUGUCUGGGCAUGACUUGCCCCAGCCACUGCACAUCAGUCAAGGAAGGGGCAGGAGCAUCCACAAGGUUGCUGGUUCCUGAAUGCUGCCUGUGGCAGAGCUUGCCAGGAUUGCUGAGCCACUCCUGGAGGUGCAGGGAAGGGUCCUGCCCAUAUGCUGACUGGAGAAAACAAAUCCUAAAGGAAGCUUUUUAAAAAUAAAGCUUUGACCUUCA